CUUCUUUCUUUAUUCUCUCUCUCUCUCUCUCUUUAUGAGAAAGAUAGUUUCUUUUGAUCUGUUUCGUGGAUGCUCUUUGCUCUGUUGUCUCUAGAGGAAUCUUAAAGUUGAAACCUUUUUUGAUCGUUUGGGUUUGAUCGGUGAUUUGAAUUUGAAUUCCAGCUUGUUUAUUCUCUUUUGAUUGAUUUUUGGAAACGAUGAGUGGUUUCCGAGAUGUUUGUUCAUCAAGCGGCUCGGUGAAUGUGAUGAUCGGAGUAUCAUCACCAGCUGAAGGAGAAGACGACAACGCCGCCGCCGCGGCUCUGUCGUCGGAGGAUUCGUCUUCCCCCGACGAGACGGUGGCGGGAACAGAGCUCGACUUAGCUCUGGGUCUAAGCAUUGGUUUGAACACAAGUAGGAAUCACUCAUCAAAGGUUCGGUCUUUUUCUUCAUCUUUGUUGGCUUCCUCUUCGUCUUCUUCUCCGGCCAGAGAAAGUGGAACGAAACGGUCUGCUGAUUCCUCUGCGGCUGCCUCAAAAGGACAAGUUGCUGUAGGGUGGCCGCCUCUAAGGACUUACAGAAUCAACAGUUUGGUCAACCAAGCAAAGUCCUUGCCCACUGAAGACGGCUUGAGCUCUAACAUUCAAAAGGACACGGCGACGAAAAACGGCGUGGUGGCUGCCAAGAACGAUGAGGUUGGAUUCAUCAAAUCUCCAAUGCUUGUGAAGGUUACAAUGGACGGAGUUAUAAUUGGAAGGAAGAUUGAUCUCAAUGCUUUUGAUUCUUAUGAAGCCUUGGCGAAAACUUUGGAACAAAUGUUUUUCCACACACCUUCUUCUCUAACAACAACAAGAUGCAAGGAAACACGUGGUGCUUCAGAACUGCUGGAUGUGUCAUCAGAAUAUAUCAUAACGUAUCAAGAUAAAGACGGAGAUUGGAUGCUUGUUGGGGAUGUUCCUUGGCUGAUGUUCCUUGGGUGCGUGAAAAGACUGAGAAUCAUGAGAAGAUCAGGUGAGACUGGAGGUGGCAAGUAGGGGUUCAUCUUCUCUGAGAAGACAUUCUCAGCUGAAGGGUGAAAUCAUCUUCUUUGUAAGAUGCAAAUGACGGAACGUGGAGAUAAAAAAAAAAA